ACAAUAUUGUUCUUACCUGCGCGAACGAAACAGAAGAUAAAUAGAACGUAUCGAACGUUAGAACGAAUGAGAACGGAAAAAUUCGAUUAAAACGAAGAAAAAUGUUUUAUUAAUAUUAUUUUCAACGUGGUGUGUUAGUGUUCGUCAUACAUAUUUUUUCCUUUACUCUUUAACCGUAUCUCCAUCUCUCUCUCUCUCUCUCUCUCUCUCUCUCUCUCUCUCUCUUUCCCCCUCUCUUCUAUAUCUUUCCUUCUCUCUCUUUCUUCCACAUUCGUAGGCUCGAUCGCAGAGAAACGAAUCCAUUGCUCGAGACACGAGAUCCAUCAUGGCGGGCACGUAAAGCUCGCGAUAAUAGCUUACACGUUAAUAAAAAAAAAAAAAAAACAUUUACAAUUGUUUACAUCGCGUAUCACUAAUCGUUUAUACGAGAUAAAUUAAACGCAACAAUCGAUUAAUUCAAUUCGUUAAUACGUCGAAUUGUUAAUAAUACACAUUCGAUCCAUAUAUUAUUACGAUCGAUCAUCGUGUUUUUCUCUACAUAUUUCGCGUCUUCAUGCUUGCCGUCAUCAUGCAAGCGCAGCAACAACCUCAACAACAACAACAACAACAGCAGCAGCAACAACAACAGCAGCAGCAGCAACAGCAGCAACAACAACAGCAGCAGCAACAACAACAACAGCAAACUCAUCAACAACAAAUGGCGGGUACUAGCGUAAUACUUAAGAUGAAUGAAAUACAACAACUGUCUACUGCGGGGUUACUAGAGCUUGCACAUAGGGAAUAUCAAGCUGGUGACUAUGAAAAUGCAGAAAGACAUUGUAUGCAACUAUGGCGUCAAGAAACAAAUAACACCGGAGUAUUAUUACUGCUCUCUUCUAUCCACUUUCAGUGCAGACGAUUAGAAAAGUCUGCACAUUACAGUAGCUUGGCCAUAAAACAAAAUCCUUUGUUGGCGGAAGCUUAUAGUAACUUAGGAAACGUAUACAAAGAACGUGGACAGCUUCCAGAAGCUUUGGAGAAUUACCGACACGCGGUCAGACUUAAACCUGAUUUCAUCGACGGAUAUAUCAACUUAGCUGCAGCUUUAGUAGCGGCAGGAGACAUGGAGCAAGCUGUUCAAGCAUAUAUCACUGCUCUACAAUAUAACCCUGAUCUUUAUUGUGUGAGGAGUGAUCUUGGUAAUCUUUUGAAAGCAUUAGCAAGACUUGACGAAGCUAAGGCAUGCUAUCUGAAGGCGAUCGAGACAAGACCAGACUUUGCUGUCGCCUGGAGCAACUUAGGUUGCGUUUUCAAUGCUCAGGGAGAAAUAUGGUUGGCCAUUCAUCAUUUUGAGAAGGCUGUUGCUUUGGAUCCGAACUUUUUGGAUGCUUACAUCAAUUUAGGAAAUGUACUCAAGGAGGCACGUAUCUUCGACAGAGCUGUCGCUGCCUAUUUACGUGCAUUGAAUCUCAGUCCAAAUAAUGCCGUCGUACAUGGAAACUUGGCGUGCGUUUAUUAUGAACAAGGUCUCAUCGAUCUUGCAAUUGACACUUAUCGUCGUGCCAUCGAGCUACAGCCAAAUUUCCCGGAUGCCUAUUGCAAUUUGGCGAACGCUCUCAAAGAGAAGGGGCAAGUGGUCGAGGCCGAAGAAUGUUAUAAUACCGCCCUCCGACUUUGUCCAACACAUGCCGAUUCUCUCAAUAAUUUGGCCAACAUAAAACGCGAGCAAGGAUAUAUCGAAGAAGCUACGCGACUUUAUUUGAAGGCUCUCGAAGUAUUUCCAGAGUUUGCUGCCGCACAUAGCAAUCUUGCAUCAGUAUUACAACAACAAGGAAAGUUAAACGAAGCACUAAUGCAUUACAAGGAAGCGAUUCGCAUACAGCCAACAUUUGCAGAUGCUUAUUCGAAUAUGGGUAAUACCCUUAAGGAGAUGCAAGAUAUACAAGGUGCCCUUCAAUGUUAUACAAGGGCAAUACAAAUAAAUCCUGCUUUUGCCGAUGCUCAUUCCAACUUGGCUUCAAUCCAUAAGGAUUCCGGGAAUAUUCCUGAAGCUAUACAGUCAUACAGAACGGCAUUAAAACUUAAACCAGACUUUCCCGAUGCUUAUUGUAAUUUGGCACACUGUCUUCAAAUUGUAUGCGAUUGGACCGAUUACGAAGCUAGGAUGAAAAAACUUGUUUCGAUCGUUGCCGAACAACUUGAUAAAAAUAGAUUACCUAGCGUACAUCCUCAUCAUUCGAUGCUCUAUCCAUUGUCUCAUGAUUUUCGAAAAGCCAUUGCUGCUAGGCAUGCCAAUCUCUGUAUUGAAAAGAUCCAUGUUCUACAUAAACAACCAUACAAAUAUCCACGGGAAGUUAGCGCACGUUUGAAAGUUGGUUACGUUUCAUCAGAUUUUGGAAAUCAUCCGACAAGUCAUUUAAUGCAAUCGAUUCCUGGCCUUCACGAUCGUUCGAACGUUGAGAUUUUUUGUUAUGCAUUGAGUGCCGACGACGGGACAACAUUCCGAGCAAAAAUUGCCAGAGAGGCUGAACAUUUUGUUGAUCUAUCACAGACACCGUGCAAUGGAAAGGCCGCCGAUCGUAUUAACGCCGAUGGUAUUCAUAUACUCGUUAACAUGAAUGGUUACACGAAAGGAGCAAGAAAUGAGAUCUUUGCUUUGAGACCAGCACCUAUUCAGGUUAUGUGGCUUGGUUAUCCUGGUACAUCUGGCGCUAGUUUCAUGGAUUAUUUAAUCACCGACGAGGUUACAUCUCCUCUCGAACUUGCUACUCAAUAUAGUGAGAAACUAGCUUAUAUGCCACACACGUAUUUUAUUGGAGAUCACAAACAAAUGUUCCCACAUCUGAAGGAACGUCUCAUUUUAACGGACAAACUAAAUCCAAAAGGCAAAGUGGCAGAUAAUGUGGCUGUUAUUAAUGCUACCGAUUUGUCGCCGAUGAUUGAAAAUACAUUGGUGAAGGAAAUCCGCGAGGUUGUGGUGCCAGAUGCGAAAAACAAACCCGUUGAAAUUUCAUUGAAAGUAGCCGAAUUACCAACAACUACUCCCAUUGAGACGAUGAUAGCUUCUGGUCAAUGUCAGAUGUCUGUAAAUGGUGUUGUAGUACAGAACGGUAUGGCGACGACCCAAGUCAACAACAAAACUGCCACGGGCGAGGAAGUGCCUCAGAACAUUGUCAUUACUACGAGACAACAAUAUGGUUUACCGGAAGAUGCAGUUGUUUAUUGCAAUUUUAAUCAAUUGUACAAGAUCGAUCCUCUUACUCUUCACAUGUGGGCGCACAUUUUAAAGAAUGUACCAAAUUCAGUACUUUGGCUGUUGAGAUUCCCAGCAGUUGGUGAACCUAAUCUUCAAGCGACAGCACAACAAUUAGGUCUCGCUCCUGGUAGGAUAUUAUUCAGUAACGUUGCUGCUAAAGAAGAACACGUUAGGCGCGGUCAAUUGGCCGACGUUUGUUUAGAUACACCAUUAUGUAAUGGACAUACCACAAGUAUGGACGUACUUUGGACUGGUACGCCUGUUGUUACGUUGCCUGGAGAAACAUUGGCAUCUCGUGUCGCUGCUAGCCAAUUAAAUACACUUGGUUGUCCUGAAUUAGUAGCUAGGACGAGACAGGAAUAUCAAGAAAUUGCUAUACGGUUGGGAACCGAUCGAGAAUACUUGAAAGCGACACGUGCGAAGGUAUGGAAGGCACGUUCAGAAAGUCCAUUAUUCAAUUGCGAAUUAUAUGCAAUGGGUAUGGAAAUGUUAUAUAAAAAAAUGUGGGAACGUUUUGCUCGAGGAGAAAAACCGGAUCAUGUGGCAGCCAUUGACAAAUCGGAAAGUCAAAAGUGAUUCAACGAUUUUGAAUAUAAUAUUAUUUUACGUUUAUUAGAAAUCACACAUUUACAAGAUUAUUAUAUUAUUGAGUUGUACAACUGCUGCUCCUCUCUCUCUCUCUCUCUCUUUCUCUCAUUUUUCUUUUCUUUCUCUCUCACUCUCUCUCUCUCUCUCUCUCUUUUCUAUUUCUUUUUCAAAAACCAUUAUUUGCGAUUCGAUCGUUCUACAUCUCAUUAUUGUAAUAACAAUUCCAUCUAAUUAUUUUCCAACAAUGUUUCUUCGUAUCUCAAAUAUCUAUGAUAAAAUAUUUUGUACGGAUAAAUCAUAAAGGAUAAAUAAGAUCGAUAGUUACAUCCACGUGAUGACUAUGACGAUGAUUAUGAUGAUGAUUAUGAUGAUAAUAAUGAUGACGAAGAUGAUGAUGCUGAUGAUGGUGAUGAUAAUGAUGAUAAUAAUGAUGAUGAUGAUUGAUGAUGAUGAUGAUGAUGAUGAUGAUGAUGAUGAUGAUGAUGAUGAUGAUGAUGAUGCUGCAGUUCGUGUUUUAUCGCCCAAGUGAGAAAGUGUUUUAGAAAAUCCUCUCUAUGUAAUUCUGUGAUCAGAAGUGGUUACAUAACGAUGGUUAAACAAAUCAUGAGCUGUUGUGUUAAAGCAAUCUCAUAUAUAAUAUACAUAUAUAUAUGUAU